AAGCGGAAUUGACCACAAUCCCUUGCGAAGUUCCACUGCGCAUGCCCUCUAGUGGUUAUGGAGACGAGACGUGACUACGAGCUGUCAACAUUACGGUGAUGUUCGCGUGUAAAGUGGAGGGAUGCCCAGGAAGAUAGGAUUUAAUGUCGUCAGCUCUUCCAGUCAUGAGGACAACUUCAGUGCUAAGCAGCUCAUGGUCCACGCACCCACUGUCAGCGGGUGGAGAUCCAGCAGGCAUUGCAGCUACCCUCAGCACAUCACCCUGCAGUUGGUGGAAAGAAGUCGGGUCAAGAAGCUGCAGCUCCUGGCCCACCAUUACCUCAUCUCAACCCAGGUAGAGUUCCACAUAGGGGACCCUCUACCUGAACCGAGCACCCCAGCGUUCAUUGGACAGCUUCGGAGACUCGGGUACGUGUCUUUGUCGGACAACGAGAAGACAGGCUUCAGAGCCCGGGAGCUGAAGUCAGUCCACGUAGACGCUGUCGGAACCUAUCUGAAGAUAACCUUCCACCAGAAUCAUGUCAAUCGUCACAAUCACUACAAUCAGGUUUCUUUGGUGGCCAUUAAUGUGCUGGGCGAUCCACUGGAUGGCAGCACUUUUUACACCAUGCCAAGCAGAGUGCAGCUGAUCGAACACUACCUCAACAGCACUCAGCUGGAAGCCGCCUCGGACGCGACCCUCGCGGGAAAAUGCGACGCCAUGUCCCCCUUGGAUGACCUGGCCUUCAACAUGUACCAGGACCCGGAAGUGGCUCAAAUCAUCCGCCAGCUCGAUCAAAAGAAGCAGGACAUGGCGCGCCAGGAGCGAUACGAGCAGGCCGAAUAUCUGAGGCAGGCCGUCGCCGAUCUUCAAAAGGCCGGAGAGCAUUUGGCAAGAUUUGAUAUCGAGAGGCAAUCUGCGGCGGAAAAGGAGGACUAUGACCUCGCCAAGAAAAAGAAGGAUGAGAUGGAUGCGUACCGGAAGAAUCUCUACCAACAGCUGAAGGACCACGACCUGCUGGAUAUGAAAAUGAUCACGAAUGCAGCGCAAUCGCAGCUAUUCCAGGAGGUUCCCUCACCUGUCCGUUUUUCAGACUGCCGCUCGCUCCCUACAAAAGCCUUUGGAAAGGGAAAAGCUUUUUCAAGAACUUCAGAGAGCUGUCUGUCAGACUCCGACACGGUUGCAUCUGAGCAAAGCAAUCCACCCACACCUUGCGCUUCAUCAUCCUCAGCUACUCUACCAAAAUUCGAUAUGCUGCUGCCAGCCCCUCAGCCAGUGACGGCUAUCCAGAGCUCUACAAUAGAUGACACCCUAAGUACUGCACUUAGCCCUGAGAUGGGUGGAGAACCGGAGGCCCUAUCGGAGAACGCUAAGAGAGAGGCUGGCCUUUCAAUGGACGUCUUUGGAGAGAAAGUGGUUGCAGGUGCAUAUUCUAAAAACUGGUUGAACAGAAAAGAUGCACUCGAGAAUGUGCAUAAGAAGCUUUUGGAGAUAUCUUCCAAGACUCCCAAAGAGGAGCUGAGAGCCACCAUAAGAGCUGCAGUUUUCCUGGUCAAGAGGGCUCUCCGUGACAAAGUUUUAGCUGUGUUCCAAGCCUCUUUGAAGUUGCUGUUCUUCAUUUUUAGCCAGCAGAUCCCAGAUCUGGGUCGGGCUGAGAUGACACAUUGUUUGGAGAAAACUUGGCCCAUCCUGCUGGCCAGGACUGGAGACUCACCGAACCGCCUCCGGAUCAAUGCCACCACCUGCAUUCAGGAAAUUGCUGUUUUGAAGGAUGUUCGGGCCUUGCAGUUCAUCCCCGCUGAGCUGGUGAAACCUUUCAAAUCCAACUUCCCCUCUCGCCUGGCUCAGAGUCGGGUGGAGAUGGUGGAGAGUCUCUUGGUACAGCUCGGCACGGAGCACUCUGGAUUCACCUUGGCGAAUGUGAUGAAGUUCUGUACUGCAGCAUUGGAGCACAACACCCCCGCAGUUCGAGAACAGGCGGUGCACAUCAUAUUGUCCUUGUACAGGCAGCACAGUUCGGUCAUUCUCAACUACCUUCCAUCCAACACUGCUUUCGGCAAGAACUUCCUUUACAAAACCUUGUUUGAUGGCUUUGGCAAGAUCGACGAAGAGCUGGCAGAGACUCAGCCGUUGAAGAAGAUUGGCGGUCCACAGGAUGGGAAGAAGGAGGAGGAGGAGAUCCAGUCGCUGCAAGAGCAGCUGGCUGCUUUGAAGGAGAUGACAGAGAGAGACAGUAGGAGUACCAAACAAACAGCCAAGAAGGAAGUGCCUAAGGUUGAGAGAGAGUCUCAAAAGGCUGGUAAACCAACAAAACUGCCACAGAACAGGACAAAACACGACGUCCAACUGUCGAUGAAUUACCUGGACAACUUGUGUAUAUUCUGCGGUAAAACGGAUGACUCCUUCACUCAAGAUGGAUUGGACCUUCACUACUGGAAACACUGUCCGAUGUUGCGACGCUGUGAUGAAUGCAGACAGGUAGUGGAAAUCACCAGUUUCACCGAGCAUUUACUGAGCGAAUGUGAAAGCCGGUCCAAGUUCAGCCAGUGUCAACACUGCUCGGAGGCGGUGGCCGUAGAAGAUCUGACUCGACACGUCCAGGGUCCCACAUGCAACCCCCCCAUCUCAGGUCAAAGCUUCAGCCACUGCCCUUUGUGUCACAACAACUUCCCGCCAGGAGAAGAGGCCUGGAAGGCUCACCUCACGGGGAGGGAGGGCUGCAAACAAAACUCGCGCAGGACUGCGGUGUCCCAGAGAACCCAACCAGUACAAGGCAAGGCUCUACCGAGCACAAAGGUCACACAGACAUGGUCGGUGGGCGCCCGAGGGAGACCCAAGCCUGGGAGAGGCAGCCUGAUUCCAUCCCUUGCGCCCGUAGCUCGAGGACAUACACCUGGGAAACGGUGAUAGUCUGAAAGACGCUUCACAUAUUCCCGAUGGAGGAGCUUCAAGACUGACAGUAACAAUGUGUUGUCACAGUCACUCCGCACCGCACAUCUGAUAUAUUUUUUUAAAUUAUCAUGCAAGAGGCAGCAGUUGCUCCACUUUUCACAUAACACAUAAGGUCAAGAUUAUUCAUACCCCAGCCUACUUAUGCGUCAAAUAUCAAUAGAAGUUUAUAUUUGAUGAGAAUGGUUUAAAUCAGUGGUUUUUCAUCAUUUACCAUUUCCUAUUAUCAUAAGCCACAAAAAGCACCUUUUUGUUUUUAAAACCUCAAAAACAUACUUUUUUUAAACUUGACUACACAUAUACUACCGUUCAAAAGUUUGGGGUCACCCAAACAAUUUUGUGGAAUAGCCUUUAUUUCUAAGAACAAGAAUAGACUGUCGAGUUUCAGAUGAAAGUUCUCUUUUUCUGGCCAUUUUGAGCGUUUAAUUGACCCCACAAAUGUGAUGCUCCAGAAACUCAAUCUGCUCAAAGGAAGGUCAGUUUUGUAGCUUCUGUAACGAGCUAAACUGUUUUCAGAUAUGUGAACAUGAUUGCACAAGGGUUUUCUAAUCAUCAAUUAGCCUUCUGAGCCAAUGAGCAAACACAUUGUACCAUUAGAACACUGGAGUGAUAGUUGCUGGAAAUGGGCCUCUAUACACCUAUGUAGAUAUUGCACCAAAAACCAGACAUUUGCAGCUAGAAUAGUCAUUUACCACAUUAGCAAUGUAUAGAGUGUAUUUCUUUAAAGUUAAGACUAGUUUAAAGUUAUCUUCAUUGAAAAGUACAGUGCUUUUCCUUCAAAAAUAAGGACAUUUCAAUGUGACCCCAAACUUUUGAACGGUAGUGUAUGCAAACUUAAUAUGUAAAAAGGAAUAUUAAAUAGCAAAAAGGCCCACACAAUGAAAUGCCAAUGCACAAUUUUAAGUAACCCAGGUCAUAUUUAGGCCUCCCAUUGUUUGAAAAGUCAAGGGUAGAAGCCACUGGGGCCCAUUUCUUCGGACUUGAACCACGACACUAGAUGGUGCUAGUUUGGUAAGUCACCAAUGUUCUUUAGAAUGGUGCAACAUAUUUUAUUUCCUCAAAAAGUGUAUAAAUUAGAACAGGGGUCACCAACGCGGUGCCCGCGGGCACCAGGUAGCCCGUAAGGACCAGAUGAGUAGCCCGCUGGACUGUUCUAAAAAUAGCUUAAAUAGCAGCACUUACCAGUGAGCUGCCUCUAUUUUUUAAAUUGUAUUUAUUUACUAGCAAGCUGGUCUCGCUUUGCUCGACAUUUUUAAUUCUAAGAGAGACAAAACUCAAAUAGAAUUUCAAAAUCCAAGAAAAUAUUUUAAAGACUUGGUCUUCACUUGUUUAAAUAAAUUCAUUCAUUUUUUUACUUUGCUUCUUAUAACUUUCAGAAAGACAAUUUUAGAGAAAAAAUACAACCUUAAAAAUGAUUUUAGGAUUUUUAAACACAUAUACCUUUUUACCUUUUAAAUUCCUUCCUCUUCUUUCCUGACAAUUUAAAUCAAUGUUCAAGUAAAUUUAAUUUUUUUAUUGUAAAGAAUAAUAAAUACAUUUUAAUUUAAUUCUUCAUUUUAGCUUCUGUUUUUUUCGACGAAGAAUAUUUGUGAAAUAUUUCUUCAAACGUAUUGUGAUUAAAAUUCAAAAAAAUUAUUCUGGCAAAUCUAGAAAAUCUGUAGAAUCAAAUUUAAAUCUUAUUUCAAAGUCUUUUGAAUUUCUUUUAAAAUUUUUGUUCUGGAAAAUCUAGAAGAAAUAAUGAUUUGUCUUUGUUAGAAAUAUAGCUUGGUCCAAUUUGUUAUAUAUUCUAACAAAGUGUAGAUUGGAUUUUAACCUAUUUAAAACAUGUCAUCAAAAUUCUAAAAUUAAUCUUAAUCAGGAAAAAUUACUAACGAUGUUCCAUAAAAAGAUUCGAGUUAGCUAGUUAUUCUCUUCUUUUUUUCGGUUAAAUUUUGAAUUUUAAAGAGUCGAAAUUGAAAAUAAACUGUUUCAAAAUUUAAUUGUCAUUUUUUUCGUGUUUUCUCCUCUUUUAAACCGUUCAAUUAAGUGUAAAUAUCAUUAAUUAUUAAUAAUAACAGAGUUAAAGGUAAAUUGAGCAAAUUGGCUAUUUCUGGCAAUUUAUUUAAGUGUGUAUCAAACUGGUAGCCCUUCGCAUUAAUCAGUACCCAAGAAGUAGCUCUUGGUUUCAAAAAGGUUGGUGACCCCUGAAUUAGAAUGUACAAAAAGGAAUUAAUAUGGUAACCAUUUAACAUAAUUGUGAUGUCAUUUGAUUAUUGUUAAAAAUGAGAUUAAUCAUGACUAAUCACAGGUUAUUACCACAUCACUCGCAUAAUUCAAAUGAACUUAAAAAAGGAAAUGUUAUUCUCAGAAUGCCACACAUGAAGAUUUUUAAACGUUUUACCUGAAUGCUCAAAACCUGGUAACAGUUUCUCUAUCAUUUUGAAGUGAAAUUUGCCGGCGAGCACAGCAGUCGGAGUCUCUAACUCAUCUUACCCCCUGAUCACUGACCAUAGAACACAACAACCCACGCCGCCCUUCAGGCAACCAGGUGAAGGAGCAUGUGCGGUCAAAAUAAAUUGCGUGAUUAAUCUGCAGAUACUGUAUACUGUACGUGAUUAAAGCGAUCAUUUUUUGUGAUUAAUUGCAUGAGUGUGCAGGGUAUGAAUAAUGUUCUGAAUGUCCUUUAAAAAAAAACUGCUGUGAAAAACAGUAAUCUCUAGUAAUGAACUACAAAACCCAAAACCAGUGAAGUUGGCACGUUGUGUAAUUCGUAAAAAAAAAACAGAAUACAAUGAUUUGCAAAUCCUUUUCAACUUGUAUUCAAUUGAAUAGACUGCAAAGGCAAGAUACUUAAUUUUCGAACUGAGAAACUUAAUUUUAUUUGCAAAUAAUCAUUAACUUAGAAUUUAAUGGCAGCAACACAUUGUAAAAAAGUUGGCACAGGGGCAUGUUCACCACUGUGUUACAUGGCCUUUCCUUUUAACAACACUCAGUAAACGUUUGGGAACUGAGGAAGACAAUUUUUGAAGCUUCUCAGGUGGAAUUCUUUCCCAUUCUUGCUUGAUGUACAGCUUAAGUUGUUCAACAGUCCGGGGGUCUCCCGUUGUGCUAUUUUAGGCUUCAUAAUGCGCCACACAUUUUCAAUGGGAGACAGGUCUGGACUAUGAAGCCACGCUGUUGUAACACGUGGCUUGGCAUUGUCUUGCUGAAAUAAGCAGGGGCGUCCAUGGUAACGUUGCUUGGAUGGCAACAUAUGUUGCUCGAAAACCUGUAUGUACCUUUCAGCAUUAAUGGUGCCUUCACAGAUGUGUAAGUUACCCAUGUCUUGGGCACUAACACACCCCCAUACCAUCACAGAUGCUGGCUUUUCAACUUUGCGUCUAUAACAAUGCGGAUGGUUCUUUUCCUCUUUGGUCCGGAGGACACGACGUCCACAGUUUCCAAAAACAAUUUGAAAUGUGGACUCGUCAGACCACAGAACACUUUUCCACUUUGCAUCAGUCCAUCUUAGAUGAGCUCGGGCCCAGCGAAGCCGGCGGCGUUUCUGGGUGUUGUUGAUAAAUGGCUUUCGCUUUGCAUAGUAAAGUUUUAACUUGCACUUACAGAUGUAGCGACAAACUGUAGUUACUGACAGUGGUUCCUGAGCCCAUGUGGUGAUAUCCUUUUCACACCGAUGUCGCUUUUUGAUGCACUACCGCCUGAUGGAUCAAAGGUCCUUAAUAUCAUUGCUUACGUGCAGUGAUUUCUCCAGAUUCUCUUAACCUUUUUGAUGAUAUUACGGACCGUAGAUGGUGAAAUCCCUAAAUUCCUUGCAAUAGCUCGUUGAGAAAUGUUGUUAUUAAACUGUUGGACAAUUUGCUCACGCAUUUGUUGACAAAGUGGUGACCCUCGCCCCAUCCUUGUUUGUGAAUGACUGAGCAUUUCAUGGAAUCUACUUUUACACCCAAUCAUGGCACCCACCUGUUCCCAAUUAGCCUGUUCACCUGUGGGAUGUUCCAAACAAGUGUUUGAUGAGCAUUCCUCAACUUUAUCAGUCUUUUUUGCUACUCGUGCCAGCUUUUUUGAAACAUGUCGCAGGCAUCCAAUUCCAAAAGAGCUAAUAUUUGCAGUUUGAACGUUAAGUAUCUUGUCUUUGCAGUCUAUUCAAUUGAAUAUAAGUUGAAAAGGAUUUGCAAAUCAUUGUAUUCUGUUUUUAUUUACCAAAGUGUGAUAGGUCACACUUUAUUUUUAUAGCACACAGUGACAAGGUGCUUCACGCAGAGCAUAAGCAGGAGAGGAGAUAAGAAAAAGCUGUGGGACGUUUAACCGUCGCUUUCUUUGGAUAAUAAAAAGAGAACUAGACCAAUGAAAUGUGUAGAGUUGAAGGUACGCUCGCGUUGUUAUCAAAUGCAUCUAACGAGUGUGUGACAGAUGGCGAUUAAGACAAUCCAUGUCGAUCAUGCGGUGUCCUAACGUACACCCAAAUAACCACCUAAUAAAAUCAUGGGGGUUAUUUUGUUUGACGUGACAAGCCCCUCCUCCCCCCCGAGAGACACAUGCUAUUAUACAGCUGUAGAUAUUUGCAGAGAGGUCAGCAAAUGUUGACAAGAGUGACAAAGCUCGCUAUUGUGUAUGGAUCUACGAUGUCAUUAUUGUCUGUGUGUACAUACAAUGUAUUCAGGACCAGUCUAAAGUGUACACCUGCUUGUUAAAGUGUGUGCACACUUUACAUUUUUACUGGAAGUGUAAUAAUAUAACUUGUGUAAUAUAUAGUACAGUCGUACUUUUAUUUUAUUAAAAACAAGUAACCUGGCCAAAUGAGCUGCUCUUUCAUGAAUACAAUUAUCAUAUGCUGAGGCGUGGAAAAACAAAGGCUUUUUUUGGUUUGGUUUUGUUUUUUCUUACAAAAUAUUAACCUCUGUGGUGGACGUUUGUUUUGUUUUUCAGAAAUUUUUAACCGAAAACAACCCCCCCCCCCCCCCAAAAAAAAAAUAGGCUUGUGCAAAAUGUCAAAUUUCAGUUCAAUUAAUUUUUAUUUAUAUGGGAAUUUGAAUUGAAUUAGCUCCACCCCACAAGAAGACAAUUGGAUAUACAGGAAGUGGAAUUAAAUCCCUUGCCAAAGUAUCUGGAAGAGGUUUGUCACGUUUAGCAAAGGUUUCGGCUCAAAUACUCAAAAUACUUUACAAACACUAAAAUUGAACACAAAUUCAUAAUUUUGAAUACUUUGAAAAAGUAUUCCAUAACUUCAAAA